CGGGCGGGAGGAGGCGGCUGCCGGCUGAGGCGGCGGCGGAGCGGGAGCGGCGCGAAGGCUCCAGCGGCCGGGGCGCGGCGCAGGGCCGGGCGGAGCGGGAGGAAAUGCGAAGGGUCGCGUGUUAGUUUUGUUGGAGAGGGGUGCAGGCUCUCUGUUACUCGGCGAGAGAGCUGGCAGAUGUCCCAAGUGAGAGAACCUCUUCCUCCGGGGCCUGGAGGGCCAGAGCAAGCUCCGACUGAAAACAGCUCUUUGAUCUCUCUCCCUCGAGGAAAAACUGACCAAGAGACUACUGUGGCAGGAGAUAAAGACAUAAACCAGCCUUCCAGUAAUCAAAGUAUACAAGCAGAGAUACAAGAGCAGUCCAUCUGGGGAAAUAGCACUGAUGGUGACCUCAUCAGAACACAACCUCAACGUUUGCCUCAGCCAACUACUUCAGCACUGGAAAGGAGUGAGGAAAAAAGUGGCAAAAUCCAAAAUGGCCACGUGGGUCUGAGUAACGGAAGUGAAAUUCACAACGGGGUCAAACACAUGCCUGCAGACAACAGAAAGCUUUUGGCUCCUGUUUCAGAAAAAAUGCACAGGAAAAUUCAGUCCACCUUGUCUGUCAACAGCAACAACAGCAAGAAGAGUAAAAUAAGUUCUGUGUUUUCUCAGAAGCCAGGUACUUCACCAGAAGAUUGCUGUGUUCACUGUAUCCUGGCUUGCUUGUUCUGUGAAUUUCUCACCCUCUGUAACAUUGUUCUGGGACAAGCAUCCUGUGGCAUCUGCCCUUCAGAAGCCUGCUGCUGUUGCUGUGGGGACGAGAUGGGGGAUGACUGUAACUGCCCAUGUGAUAUGGAUUGUGGCAUAAUGGACGCAUGUUGUGAGUCUUCAGAUUGCUUGGAGAUCUGCAUGGAAUGCUGUGGGAUCUGCUUCCCAUCAUGAAAUAUUUAUCCCUCUCUAUUUUAUUCUCUAUAAAACUGGAGUGCUUUUCUUUAAAUACAUUUGAAGAAAGACAAGGUAAGAUUUUCACACUUGCACUGUUAAUUCCCUUUAUAUAAAUAUUUUUUUAAAAGCAAUCCUCAAAUCUGUAUUCUAACACGAAUUGUAUAGUUUUGUAUGUGAAACUAAAGCUACAUUCCAGCUUCCUUUUGGCUUUGCAAAUGGAAGAGUUUAUUGAAACUGAAUUAUAGGCCUGGUAGGCCAUAUGAAGGCAAAGUUGCCAUUUGAAUCAAGUGAUAGAUUUUGGUCAGAAUACAGGCUGCAAAGCAAAGCCUUAAAUAUUUGCCUUUACCUACUAUAAUGUUUAAACACUCAAGUGCCUCAAGUGCAUAACAUGCUUUUGCAGGCAUUCUGAAAACCAAAAUCUCUUUAUAUCUUUCUCUUUGAGUUGAAAGCAACUUUGCUCUAUUGUUUUAAACUUUAUUCAAAAGCCAGCAUCAGAAACCUGCUGUUGGGUUUGCUACAGUGAUCAUGUUGGCAAUUGUCUUUUGUUUUCAAUAUCUCAUUGAUUAGAAUGCAAUUGCUGGUAUUUUCCAUUGCUGAGAUUAUCUGACAAACUAGUCAAAUGURAGUUUUGCCCUGGACUAGAAGAGUACCAGCAUUUCUUUGUUAUCAAUCAAGAAAGAAUAGAGAACUUACCAUUUUACUUCAGAGCUAUUAUUACUUGAAAUGCCUCUUUUUUGAAACAGACUUUGGAAAUCUUUGGUGUAGACAUGAAAUAUAUCCUUAGAGUAACAAACUAGUAGACUAACAAAUCUUCAAAAUUUGGCUAUGCGAGGAAAAUUAUUAGAAGUAAAGAAUCUAAAUCUGUACAUUAAGUGAUCUGGUCAGUGUUUGUGGCUUUAGAGCCAGUGUCRCAUAACUUAGUAUUUAUUUCUUUGCUGUGUGAGAAAGAUCUACAGAGGGAGGCAGAAUUUAAACAGGGUAUAAAAACCAAAUYAAAACUGACUUGAUCAAGGAAUUCUGCCAUUAAAUGCAAAAAGCAAGUGAAAAAAUGUUUAUUCUCAGAUACUUUUAAAAUAUUUUUUAAAGUUUUUGUUUUAAAAAAGAUGUUAAAAUAUAUGAUAUGCUUUAAAAUAAAAGGAUUGGGAUUUAAAAUGUUUGAAAAAUAUAGUUAGGAUCUGUUGGACCCAGCUGUUAUGCCAUUAAGGCUUUCCAAGAAAUAUCUCUUUUGUAAUUGUAAUUGUGGAACACAUUAAGAGAUUUAUGGCAUUCCCAGAUUUAGGGAAUCAAAGUACCCAUUUUCUUUACCAUCUUUUAAUUUCUCCUCUCUAUGUCUGUAGCUCAAGAACUUUUCUGUGUAAACCACCUACCCAUCUUGAUCUCACAUACUUAAACUUUCCUAUUUACACUCCRGAUGUCCCAUUUAUAGGCUGUAGAUUUGUAGAUCUCCUAAAUUCAGUCCUUGUUACAAGAGUCAUUAAUAGCCAGUAGCAUAUGUGUGUUGAGUGAAUUGGCCAUAAAUGUCUCUUUCUACUAUAGUGAAUUCAGUUAAUGCAAAUGUGACAAGCUAAAAAUCACAGGAGUGUGAAGCUAAGUCAACAAAUGGUCUGAUACUAACCAAAGCUUCUUCUUGUGAACACUGACUGGUAGUGCCUACUACUGCAAGUUAUCACUGAAGCCAAAUCUCAACUAUACUAGGGAGCUGGGAAGUGUUAUAUUUUGCCUUAAUGUAUGUAGUGUUGUGGUGUGUUCUGAUGCAAUGCAGAUUCACCCUCAGAGGCUUUCCUGAUCUGGUUUUUGAUAGUUGCUACAAGUAUUAUUUCUUAUUAUGGUUUGGAGUUUUUUUGGGGUUUUUUUUUUCCAUAUAUUGGGCCAUAUUCUGMUCUGUAUUGCAUUUCCAUUCAUGUCAGAAUUUUCCAUUGGUUAAAUUCCAGUUAGAGAGCAUAAAAAUAUUAUGGUAAUAGGCAGGCUAAUAAGGAAUCAUGUAGUUAAAUUGAUAAAUUCCCAGUGCUCAGAAUCAGGCCCAUGGGGCUCAAUUAUGACUCCUAAAAGGCUGAACCACAUUGGGAUGGGGGAAGAGGUGCCUUGGUUGAGUGGCAUUGCCUGGAGGCAUUUUGUCUUUGUAAGGCAUGAUGCCUCUGGGGAAAUUGGGGCAUCACAGUGAGCAUUGGGACUCAAUGCACCUUGGAAAAAGUCUAGACAGUGCUUUGUCCAUUGUAUGUCUAUGGUUGACACMGUGGUUGUGGGAACAUGUUCUCUGGGGCUAGACGGCACCAUGAACUGUCUUCCCUCAUGUCCUUCUGGUCACAGAGAGGUGAAUUAUGGCUGUUUCU